UUAAGUAUUGAUGCUAAAGCUGUUAUGUUUCAGUUUUUCACAUUUGUUUUCAUAGAACUACACAUGAUUUGGUAUUAUUUUAAGGUAAAUUUGAUUGUUAGAAACAGGCAUUACAACAGGUUUGGUGUAUUUCUGUUUUGGUCUAAUCAUAAAGAUUUGAUCUACAUGCUCUUUUGGAAUAAUUUUGUCUCUAACAAUGUGGAUAUUUUAUUUUUUGAAGCAAUUUGAUUGUAUAUUAUGAUUUUAGUAUAUUUUGUCUAGCUUGCAUCCAAAAUGUACUCAUUUAAAUUUCCCUCAAAUUUAAGGUGCACCACUCUCCACUUACUCGCAGUAAGUCAAUGGCAUUGUCUGUUGCCACUUCUCAAUGUGUCAAAAUGAAACGAUCUAAGUUGCAUCGGUCUCCACUUACUCGCAGUAAGUCGAAGUCAUUGUCUAUUGCCACUCCUGAAUCUGUCAAAAUUAAACAAUCCAGAUCAGGUCGGCUGAUAGUUGCACGACUGGAUCCGGGAUCCCAAAACAUUACCUAUGGCCCGGAUGGUUGUAUUUGUGGGAUAACCAACUUGGAAGCAUCAUUUCCUCAGGGGAUCAGUUCAGAGCCUCCUUCUAAGACGAGAAUGUCUCAGCGUUUGUCACCAGAUCUCUAUAGACUGCUCACAUUUUAGUGAUGUUUUGAUGAAAUGUUGCUGCUAGCAUGUUGUAGCUUGCCGGUCUCUUGUAACUAUGGAACCACCCCUGAGGUGGAUUGCGUGUUUGUCAUGUUGACCGGCUUCUCUCUAGUCUCACUGCUCGUUGUAUCUAUAACCUGCUGUAAGGCUUAGGUGCCCAUUGACAUGAAUAUUUGUAGGGUUCUAGUAUGCAUCAUCAGUUUUUUUACUGUUUCUGAAGAAACCGGACCUCACUUCUAGUGCCUUACAAUGGGAAGGUGAUAUUUUGAUCAACGUGC